UCCGAUCACCCGGCCCAAAGCAAGCUCAAACUUGUCUAUCCCCACACCAGCACAUACACACAAUCCUAUCAAACACUAUUUCCUUAUUCUUAAACGUUUAAUCUUUCAAACUUAUUUUUUGUUUCUUCUGUACUCUUAAAGAAGCAAUCGAGAUGGCCCGGGUUUCAGCAGACCCACUUAUGGUUGGAAGAGUGAUCGGAGACGUUGUGGACAGUUGUUUGCAGGCAGUGAAAAUGACUGUGACUUAUAACUGCGAUAAGCAAGUCUACAAUGGCCAUGAACUUUUCCCUUCUGCAGUUACAAACAAACCAAAGGUUGAAGUUCAUGGGGGUGACAUGAGGUCAUUCUUCACUUUGGUCAUGACUGAUCCUGAUGUCCCAGGACCUAGUGAUCCUUAUCUCAGGGAGCAUUUGCACUGGAUUGUUACCGAUAUCCCAGGGACAACCGACGUGACAUUUGGAAAUGAAAUAGUAGGGUACGAAAUGCCUCGGCCAAACAUAGGGAUCCACCGAUUUGUGUACUUGCUUUUCAAGCAGAACCGUAGGGGAAGUGUUGUCUCUGUGCCGUCUUACAGAGACCAGUUCAACACUCGUAUGUUUGCACACGAUAAUGAUCUCGGUCUACCCGUUGCAGCAGUUUUCUUCAACUGUCAGCGUGAGACCGCCGCUAGAUGCCGUUGACUGACUUCCGCCGUGGCCAUAACUAGCUUUCUCCGUUCCCGGACAAUAUCGGUUGUUCCAUCCAUUCUACAUCCUAGUUACGGGAAGCUCUAUAUUAUCAUGUUCAUAUAUGUGUGUAUUGUACUGUUUGUGAUUUGAAUAAGCUUGCUUUUUCUUGUUAUUGUCUAUUAAAUAUGUUGAUGGAUAUUUUUGGUAUUUUAAUGUAUAAACACUAGGUGGUAA